CCGGAGCCGUAGCCGUAGCCGGAGCCGGGGCCGGCAUGGAUACCAUUAUGUCAACAUUCCCCACGCUGACAUCGGACGAUGGCAGCCUCUGGAUUACUAGCGCCCUCUCCGAGAUGCUCACCAGCAGCAGCAGCAACAGCAGCGAUGCAGCCCAAAACGCAACCCUCGUUGCAGCAGCAGCGGCCACAACAACAACAGUCGCAGCGGCGGCAGCGGCAGCAAAUGCUUCAACAGCAGCCACAGCGAAUGUUACCAAAGUUCAUGACAAGCAUUCGCAUGCUGUGAAUGACAGCGAGACAGAUCUAAGCUCAUAUCCCGGCUAUAUACACUAUCGCGACAAAUACGAUCUGGACUAUAUAGCAAAGGUGAAUCCGUUUUGGCUGCAAUUCGAACCACCUGGCACUAGCUCCUUCUACAUUAUGGCCGGACUCUACUGCCUCAUCUCGGUGGUGGGCUGCUUUGGCAAUGCGUUUGUCAUCUUUAUGUUUGGCAGUCGCAAAUCGUUGCGUACACCGGCCAAUAUAUUGGUCAUGAAUCUGGCCAUAUGCGAUUUCCUGAUGCUGAUCAAGUGCCCGAUUGCCAUCUACAAUAACAUACAGGAGGGUCCGGCGCUGGGCGACAUGGCCUGUCGGAUCUACGGAUUUGUGGGCGGACUCAGCGGCACCUGUGCCAUUGGAACACUGACGGCCAUCGCUCUGGAUCGCUAUAAUGUGGUGGUGCAUCCGCUGCAGCCGCUGCGCCGCUAUUCGCGCCUGCGAUCCUAUCUGAUCAUCAUACUGAUCUGGUGCUACAGUUUUCUGUUCGCCGUGAUGCCCGCCCUGGAUGUGGGUCUGUCUGUCUAUGUGCCGGAGGGUUAUCUGACGACCUGCAGCUUUGACUAUCUCAACAAGGAGACGCCGGCGCGCAUCUUUAUGGCACUCUUCUUUGUGGCCGCCUACUGCAUACCUUUGAUCUCGAUUGUCUACUCCUACUUCUAUAUACUGAAGGUGGUCUUCAUGGCGAAUCGCAUACAGUCGAACAAGGACAAGGCCAAAACCGAGCAGAAACUCACAUUUAUAGUUGCUGCCAUUAUUGGCCUGUGGUUCAUUGCCUGGUCCCCAUACGCAAUUGUCGCCAUGAUGGGCGUCUUUGGCCAGGAGCAGCACAUCACGCCGCUGGGCUCCAUGAUACCUGCGCUCUUCUGCAAAACGGCUGCCUGUGUGGAUCCCUAUCUGUAUGCCGCCACGCAUCCCAGAUUUCGUGUUGAGGUUCGUAUGCUCAUGUAUGGGCGUGGCGCGCUGCGGCGCGUGUCCACCACACGCUCCACCUAUAUGACACGUUCCUUCACGCACCGGAUGCGCCACACAUCCGGCGAUGGCGAGAAUCGCGCUGAGCCCUACACUUUGAACAACAACCUGAUGAUGGUGCCCGAGGAAACGGAGGAGAACGACGAGAUAAUCGUUGUGGCCGAAAUCAAUAAUUCCACCUCCAUAGUUAUGGAACAGAGUAAGUUCUAGAGCAGCUUACCCCAUAUCAAUCAAGUUGUCUGGAUCGCAGCAGUUGGCGGCCGAAAGAGGUAAAGAAUAUUUUUCUACUACUUUUAUUGAGAAUACUAUGUAGCGAGAGAGAGGGGUUAGAGGGAGGGAGCAAGUUCAAAACGUGAUCAAAUGUAGAAUACAAGAAUUUUAAGUA